GGGGCCAGAGUUUGGGGGGGUUGUGGUUUUAGGUGGCUUGGCCAGAGGGAAUAUAGAGGCCCAAAGAGGGGUCCAGACAAGAGGGCCUAAGUGACCCCAGCUUUAGGUGAAGGGGUCUCACUCUGAAUUGGAUAAAGAGGGUCUGUAUGUUGAACUUAUUUCGCAGCGUACGUAGCCAACCGCGCUUCAGAAGGGAACACUGGCACACACACACUAAUGUUUAAAUAAAGUGGUUUGUUUGUGUUUGCAGUAACUUGAUUCAUUUUAUAAUUAUUGCGUGAGUGGGGUGGCACAGUGGGUUGGCUGAUGCCCUGAAUCUACCGAACUGAGUUAGAUUCCUGGCCGUGGCUAACAUUAGUGGUGAGUGAUCGGUAAAUGGGUCUUGGUACCCCUCCCCUAAACCCUUUUAACAACGUGCAUUGAUUCGCGUGAUGACGCAUUGUGAAACAACCCCGUGAUGGACAUGGAAUGGAGAUGUCGUGAAAAAAUAACCUUCACAAGUAAAAGAUAACGUGGUCUGUAUGUUUUCAAGUGAGGAAAUAGGGUGACACAUCUCAAUUUGAGUAUCUGAGCUGGUGUUUCAAAUUUCACAUUUCAGUGGUGGUCAGUUCUUAACAUCUCCAUUAUUUGUUAUUUAAAAAAAUAGCUUGUCAUGCUGUACAUCUCAAGGCACCAAAGCAAAAAGGGUAUUUGAGACAAUUACUCAGCAAUGAAGUGAAUGUAGACGAAGUGGAAAGUCAACAGGAGCGGACAUAUUAUAUAUGUUAUUCCUAUAGUGUUUGAUUAGCCCCUCAUAGGGUUUUAAAUGUCAAGUUGGGUUCAUCAGUGCACUGUUUUUUUGUUGGGUCACGUUCGUACCACGUGGCGUCUAACCAGGUUGUGAGAAAUUCCCUAAUCAAGCAAGCUGCGUUUCACACACACAUCAGAAGUCCUGUGCCCACCACACUUGCUACGUGACUUAUCAAGAGUAUUAUCCACCCCUGGCCCGCCCUGAGAAUUUAUGUCACGCCACCUUCUGCUUUCGGAGAUUGCUACAUGAGUAGCAUUAUUAUUUCAUCAACAGGAGGAUUUAAGGACAUUGUCGUUGUGAGUCAUCACAGCCAGGACUGCAUAUUCUGCCACAACACCAAAUUACUUUCUUCUGUCACGUCACACAUCUGCUGUUCACUUCUCACCCAACCCUUGAAGCCUGAUCAUAGAGCAUCUCACCAUCUGGCUUUAGGUCUUCACGACGGUCACUGACCUCUGGUUUCCACUCCAAUGUCUGCCUUGGGCACAUGCCAUCCUCGAUCCUGCGCACGCAUCCCACCCAUCGCAACCUCUUCCUGAUUAUGUCUACAACGCUGUCCUGACAAGUUAUACAUGUAACUUUCAACUUACUUUCCCUUCUACUGGCGUGACAUUCCUAACAUUCUGUACACAAGCCAAAAGCUCCUGUCUGUGUGUGCCACAGUUCUGUCAGAAAAUUCGGGAAAAAAUCCUUAAUGAGAUCACAAGCACCCAUGCUUCAGUUAUUCUGUGUAAGAAUGUAACGCAAUUUUGCGUAUAGAGGGAUGACAUUUCUCUCGGCAUUUAAAUGUUAACCUUCAUCAGUUGGUUGCAUAGACGUAGAACGCACGCAUAUUUGAAAAAAUAUAUAUUUGCCGAUUCAUGAAAUCAUCCGCAUUGCUGGUUAUUGUGCAGUUUCUGCUCACGUGAAAAGGUCCAUUAAAUGCCCUCAUUUGGCGUCCUUUCAACAGUACUGGCAGCAACAGCAGGCACAUUGUGUGGUGCAGUGAAAGGCAUUGGUAAAUAAACAAUAGUUAUGUGUGGAAAUAGUGCAGCUGCUUUUAUUAAAAAUGUCACGAACAGAGAGUAGCUAGCUUUUCACACGUUUCCAUUUGUAGCAUUUAUAGUCAUAGAGACAGUAUACCACAGACUUAUUAACAGUUGCAAGCAUAUAUUAAUGUUGGUUUAAUACCAUUAAUUACCAUUAAAAAUAUCCGUAUCAUGUUACAGUUGUGUCAUGUAAUAGGAAAAAAAUCAAUUUGGGGCUCUCAAAGUCACAGCUAGUAGUGGAUAACUGUUUAUGAAAGAAUAGCCCUGGAAGUUCAAUCAGUUUAUUUCGGGUAAGGCCAAAGAUUCUUCUUUCGUACGGCUGAUGUUGUAGAUGCAGAGGAACAACUAUCUUUUCACAUUCAGGUGGUCAAGCCAGAUGUCUGCGUCAGGAGUAGCGGAGUGUAUCGCUGUGAUAUCUCAUUCGUAUUUGUGGAUCGGGUAUUACGUCGUUACGUGUCGUAUAUGAGGUGGAAGAUGUCAGCCUUCACGCGAUCCACUCUGUUAAGAGAUAAAUUGCUACGAAUUCUUUCAAAUCGGCGACCGAACAUCGAAUAUGGAUCAUUGAUCUCCCGGUCUCCAGAGCAAACAAGGCCCAAGAUGAUGCCAUGGAACUCCUGUACUUCUGAAAUUAAAUCAUUAGCCCUCUUUAUCCACACUCGGGGCACACCUUUAAAAUGCCCUGUACAGAGUGUUUGACGCACCUCAAUAAAACCAAACACUUUUGUUAAUGUUCAUAAUUUGAAUUAACCAAAUUUUUUGAAAGCACCUUUUUUAUAAUUGUGGAUUUUUUUAAUGCAAUAAUUGGUAGCUGGGCUGAGACCAUCGACAAGCUACGUUAAUCUGCAGGCUGUUCUCUGGCAUGAAGAGUUGCGCUGCUUUGAGAGAGGUCCGAACCGUUACUUCAUGUCAUGAAAUUAUGCCAAAAGCACAAUUUUAAUACAUUUCGAGGAAGAGUUGUUUAAUCGUAAGAGAAAUAUCAGAUUAAUCACAGGUGGCUGAACUGGGAGUCCAGCUCAGGUCCGAGUGGCGCGCUGGCUCAGUGCUCUGACAGUAUUAGCACCCUGAGCCACCUGGCCACCUCCCCAUCAUCAUCUGCGUGGCGCUUAGCUGGUUACUGCAGAACCAAUCACACAGGCUCCAGCGAACGCCCGCUGAUGAUUUGGGCUCUGUUGUAAAAAGCAGUCUCUCGGCUGAAGCGAGCAAAGCCUGGAGGCUUCUGGAACGUCGUCAGUGACAGCCGAGAUGUUUUGACACAUGGAAGCAGAGGUGUCUACAACAGAAGCUGAAAAAUGGCACUCAAUAACUAGUUUCACUUAAUUAAUAAUUAUGCCAACAUUUAACAACUUGCAACUUUAACUACUACGUCGAAAUUAGGCUACAGGCAUUUAGCAGUAAAGCGAUUUUAAAUCGAAUGAAAGAUGGCGCCAAUUCCCUGGGUCUGGUGUCACUUGGUUCUUCUCGCGCUGCUCUUCACGACAGCAGAAGGCAACAUCCACCGGGCGAACGCGAGACGCCUCUCCCGCAGAGAGCCCUCGGCCGCCAGCUCCCCCCACUCCCUCCCUCCUCCCGACAGCUCUGACGCAUCGCUCCCCUCCGCUAGCCAAGUUUUCCAGCCCUCCUCAAGCCUCUCGCCCGGCUCGGUUAAGGCGCCCGGCUCGGUUAAGGCGCCCGUCCGAACGUCGUCCGACGGAAAUUCCGGAGGCCACAAAGACUCUGGCUGCUCCCCUCCGAGCCACGAUGCCGCCCGCCAAGCUCGCGGACGUGACGAUUCCAGUCAGGCGCACCGCAAGCGGGGUUUCUCGGGCGCUGCUCCCGGACACCAGGGGGGCCGCGACGAGAUGGGAUCUAGGCCGGACGCGGUUCCCGUCGGCGGUGAUGGCGAUGGCAACGACGAUGGCGAGCCACCGUCCCCCGCUUCGUGGCUGAGUCUGGACUGGGAUGGGCGGCUCGGAGCGUGGGUGCUCGGGCUGGGCGGGGCCUGCCUCGUGGGCCUCAGCGGAGUGCUGCCUAUCCUGCUCAUCCCCGAGAACACCGGUGCCCACCUGCAAUCUCCUGAGGGCGGGCGACGGCUGAGGUUCCUUCUGAGCUUUGCGGUUGGCGGGCUUCUUGGAGACGUGUUUCUGCACCUGCUGCCCGAGACCUGGCAACAUGGCUGCACCCAAGGUGCGGGGCUGUGGGUCACAGUGGGGCUCCUCACUUUCCUGGUGUUGGAGAAGGUGUUUCCUGACGUCGAUGAAGAUGAACCGCCCGCCACGAACGGCGUCGCGUCAACAGGGAAUGGCGUCGAUUCAAGAGAAGGGAACGGCACCAUCGGGAAUGGAUCGGCGAUCUCCAAUGGCCAAAGCAAGAGUGCCAGUAAAAGGGAGCUGUCGCCCAGCGGCAAGGCGACAUCUGAGCACAUCAAGAUUAGCGGUUACCUGAAUCUCUUUGCGAACUGCGUGGACAACUUCACACACGGCCUGGCGGUAGCAGGGAGCUUCCUGGUGAGCCACAAGGUUGGAUAUCUUACGACGCUUGCAAUUCUUCUGCAUGAGAUCCCACACGAGUUCGGAGACUUCGCCAUUCUGCUGAGGGCCGGGUUUGACCGAUGGCAGGCGGCCAAGCUGCAGCUCAUCACCGCCUUCGGGGGCAUCUGUGGAGCCGUGUUCACGCUCACCGCCCAGUCCGCACAGGGGGCAGGGGACAGCACCGCCUGGAUCCUCCCGUUCACGGCGGGCGGCUUCCUCUACAUCGCCCUCGUCGGGGUCAUGCCGGAGUUGCUGCAGGAAAAAAACCCGUGGGACUCCCUGUGGCAGCUGCUGUUCAUCCUGUGUGGCAUCGGCGUCAUGGCGAUAGUGACCAUCGUCGUGGACUGACCACUGAGGGCAUCGCGACUACCCGGGCAGCCUCCCGCGAGUGAUGGCGGAAGCUCGCCUGCUCUCCGACUCUGUGAGCACGGACAUCGUACGCCUCCCCACCCCAACCCCAACCCCAACCCACGGCGGUGGUGGGCGUUGUGAUGGAAGACUCGUGAAGUUGAGAAACAGAUGUUCACUCGGCGCUUUCUACCCCCCCCCCUCCUCCCGCUCGCACCGCGUAAGCCCAGGCAAAUCGAACCAGGCUCAGAUGCCGAUUUUCACGCAGCGAACCAUGGGGUUUUGUUAGCGUCCGAUUCAAAGCAUGGUGUGCGCGCAACUCCCACCGGGCUGUAAAGGUCAUCUGGCUGUAAAUGCGUGUGUUUUUUUUAAUCAAAUGUGAUGUUUUUUUAGUGGUGAACAUGAUUGUUAUAAUCAGUAUAUAUGAAUACACACACACACACAUCGGCACUUUACACCAGUGGUGUUUUUAAACAGUUCAUAGUUUUAUGUUGAUAUUGUGGUGCCAGUGUGUGCUCUUUAUGGAUCAACAAAAAUACAACCGUCUCAUCAUUCAUAACUUGUAUGUGACCAAGAGUAGCUCAUUAGCUUUACGUAUAACUUGCUGAAAGUUUAUCAUUCAUUGUCUAUUUAUUGUGAUGUCCCACAUUUUAAGAGUACUCAUCGUGUCGAUGAGUUGUGGUAGCGUUGACAUUUUAAAUCAGCUGGGUAGUGCUGUGGUAGAGUACUUUGACUCGCAAUCAAAUUUAAUAUGAGUUAAAUUCCCUAGUUGUGGGUCGACUCAACCAAUCAUCCUGAUGGGUUUGAUAAAAUAGAUACCACUUUGUGGGAAGGCAUCCUUUGGAGAUACAUAGCAACCGCCUUUAUAAAGCAACAUUUCCACCACUGGCUCAGUUCUGGUAGUUGAGAUAAGCACCACCUUACUCCCUUUUGAGCAGGGGGAGUGCCUUUAACUUGCAAUAACUAUAAGAUUUCUAAUGUGAAGUGAUUGGGUAGAGAUACCACUUCCAUUACGGCAUCGUGGGUUGAAAGUUCCCGUGGUGGCACAACUGCCCUGGUGGGACACGGUACCAAACAUCCCACAAGCUGUGUGCCCUCUGCUUUGUGGCCUUACUGGAUUACAGUGAUGCCCAAAGAGACCGUAACAUUAUUUAUAUAGAUGUACAGCAAAAUAUCUAUUUUAUAAGAGAUUUUUUUUUUAAACCGAGUUAUAUGGUGUACAGUAGUUUAUUAAUCGUGCACGCUUUGUGUAGAGGAUGCACGCAAUAUCCAGUACAUUUAAAAUGUUGUAACAUAAACCUUAGGUGUCGCGAUAUGCCCGUUGUGCUUUAAGGAGGCACAAACAUUUACAACUGGGUUUUUUUUUAUAUUUUUCUUGUUUUCCUGAACUCUUAAGUGUUUUGCUUUUAAGACCAAUAACCUUGCCCCUAUAUUGCGAAUACAUCUUUAGCGUAUGUUCUGUGCAUGUUUACCUCUUAUGCAGGAUUAAUUAUGUGUUUUAAUUGUUGGUUAAUAUUUGGCAAUGCAAAAACAGUUUUAAAUCUGUUAUGUUUUAGUUGACCGAAUGAUGUUUGUUUCCAGAUUUGACGGUGGGGGGCCCCCAGGAAUGUAGAGUAGCACCCUGACCGAGGCUCCCCCAGCCCCUUCACAGGCCAUGUCAUACUUGGGGGGGGGGGGGGCCCACUCCGAACCCCCUGGGGGAGUACAUACUGGGGUUCUGAGUGUAUGUCAAAUGCAUUUUUGCGAUAAACAAAUUACAUUCGCAGCCAGUCUAUGCGACGCAAACAAACAGAAAUCUUCACGAUUUCUUUGCGGCUCUGCAGAUGUUAGCCCCACCCACUUCAAUAAUCUGUUUGUGACCAUAUUACAGGGAUUGACCGAUUGUUGGAUUGCAAAUUAUUGCGAUUUCUGCUGUAAUUUGACUAUCGUUUGUUUGCACCUGAAUAUAUGAGCAGAUCAUUAAGUCGGUGAUCAUGUUCCCACACUUAACCGAGAAUAAGGCAUUGCGGUAUCACCAUUGCCGGUCCUGAGCCAGUGGUAUAGACCCCCACAUUCCUGCCUACAGGACAAAUUCGUUCAUGAGACGACCACAGUUGAUCUCUCCCACCCAAGUGGUACUCAUUUCAUCGGUCCUCAAUUGUUAAUCUUUAACCACAGCGGCACACGUGCCCUUUUGCAUUUAUUUCCUCCCAUUCCCUGCCACUUACAGUCCAAACUCUCUGGGUGCUUCGAGUUUUCGGACAAAUUUUACUUCUGCUGCAAAGCUUUGCUUGCUUUAUAGCUCUCCAAAGUGUGUUCGGGUUGUACCUCGACUUGUCCGGAAUUAUGUCCAACAUUUCGCUCCACGUGCUGGGAUCUUCUUCAGGAACUGAAUUUUCUGUCAUUUUCCUGUUUGCUGGAGAGCUCAUGCCAGAACCAUGGCGGUCUAAGCACAUACCAUCUCGGAGAGACAUAUUUUGCAUCUGCCAAACAUGAGCUGUACGCAAGUAUACAACUGCUUAGCUAUUAACGCAGUGCAAUGUGACAUGUUGUUAAAAGGAAACUCUGUUUUGUGGGUUGACCAUCUUAAACCCGGUUCUACUUAUGACUGCGACUACAUUCUGAUGAAGUUCUGCUUGAUUCUGGUGAAACAAAGUUCAUUCACGUAAUAACUGCAUGUCGAUGAAGUUUACAAUUUUGGCUUGUAAAAAAAAGUCACCUUUAUUUUUAAAAUAAAUAAAAUUGCUCAUAAUAAAAGGAAUGCUGUCAUUG